AUGGCGGACAAGAACGACACAGUGGCGUUGUCCGACAAGGAGAAGGUUGCCGUCCACUCCGGCUCUGUGUCCGGUUCGGCAUCCGUUCAAUCGGGAGAAGGCAAUGUCGACGCCGAGGGCUACGGCUCGACCGACAACCACAUCUUCUCUGACCCGGCUGUUGCUGAGUAUUGGCGUGGCGUGUACGAGAAGGCCGGCUACGAGAACCGGCACCGCUUUGACCCGAGCUUCACGUGGACUGCCGAGGAGGAGCGCAAGCUGCUCCGCAAGAUUGACAUUAGAAUCAUGCUUUGGGCCUGGAUCAUGUUUUGUGCGCUCGACUUGCACCGGAAGAACAUCAGCCGCAUGAACACAAACGACUUCAACUACGGCCAGACCAUCUUUCUGGCAUCCUUCCUGUCUGCCGAGCUGCCAAGCGGCCUGAUCAGCAAGAAGGUUGGCGCCGACCGCUGGAUCCCGUUCAUCAUGGUCGGCUGGUCCAUCACAUCCGGUGCUCAGGCCUUCCUCAAGAACAAGGCAGGAUACUACGCCAUCAAGGCCCUGCUCGGCCUGCUGAUGGGCGGCUUCAUCCCGGAUAUUGUGCUCUGGUUGACCUACUUUUACAAGUCGAAUGAGCUGCCAACACGUCUGGCUUUCUUCUGGACAGCCCUCAGUACCUGCCAGAUUGUCGGCUCACUGCUGGCGGCUGGCAUUCUACAAAUGCGCGGCAUAAACGGCUGGUCUGGGUGGCAGUGGUUGUUCCUGCUUGAGGGUCUCCUGACACUCAUCAUUGGCACACUUUCGUGGGGUCUCAUGCCGCCUGGUCCCUGUCAGACACGCAACUGGUUCCGCGGAAAGGACGGUUGGUUCUCUGAGCGCGAGGAGUACAUUCUCGUCAAUCGCCUGCUUCGCGACGAUCCGAGCAAGGGAGACAUGAACAACCGCCAGGGUGUUACCCCCAGGCUGCUGUGGAAGACGCUCAAGGAUUGGGAGAUGUUCCCUCUCUACCUGAUUGGCUUGACCACCUACAUCCCUCCUGCACCCCCCGGUACUUACCUGUCUUAUAUCCUGCGCAAGCUCGGCUUCUCCGUCUUCCAUGCCAAUCUUCUGGCAAUCCCGUCGCAGUUCCUGUUCGCAGUCAAUCUGCUCAUCGUCACCUGGGUGUCGAAGCGCUUCAAGGAGCGCGCCAUUAUUUCGUCUCUCUCGAACAUUUGGAUGCUGCCGUGGCUCAUCGCCCUCGUCACGCUUCCGGCUGACGCAUCGUACUGGAUUCGCUACGGCCUGCUGACCGGCUUGUUGUCGUAUCCCUACUGCCACGCCAUCCUCGUCGGCUGGAAUGCCCGCAACAGCAACGCCGUGCGUACUCGUGCCGUCUCGGCCGCCUUGUACAACAUGUUUGUGCAGAGCGGCAACAUCAUUGCCAGCAACAUUUAUCGUGAAGAUGACCAGCCUCUUUACCGUCGCGGCAAUAAGAUCCUGUUGGCAAUUGUUUGUUACAACAUUGUGCAAUUCUACCUUGUCAAGCUUUUUUAUAUUUGGCGGAAUAAGGUGCGUGAAAGAAAGUGGAAUGCCAUGACGCCGCAGGAGCAGGAGGACUAUGUGUUGAAUACCAAGGACGAGGGGCUCAAGCGGUUGGAUUUCCGGUUUGCUCAUUAG